AUGACAAACAACACCGAUACGGAAAUUGAGGACCCGGUGAUGUCAGCAUUCUAUGCAGUGGCUUUCGUGGUUGGACUCCUCGGUAAUUUCCUGGUGAUAGUUAUUGUGGCCGCCAGACGGGAGCGCCGGACAGCUAAUGAUAUUUUCAUUCUCAACUUGGCAAUUAGCGACUUAAUGUAUCUGUUUGUGUGCCUACCAACAAAUGUCUACAUGAUGUUUGCUGACAUCCAAUACGACUUAUAUUGCCGGUUGAUAUGGCCCUUAAUGACCGUCACCGUAAACCUCAGCAUCUUCACUCUCACAUCUAUGGCUGUCUUCCGGUGUCACGUGAUUCUGAACCCUUUCAAGCCUGAAAUGUUACAUCGUUACGUGUUUCUUUGGAUCCUUGGGAUUUGGCUGUUGGGUCUUUUCCUUGUGAUUCCGCUGCUCUUGGUGACAAAGCCAAAAUUAGCGGAGCCACAGGGCUGCACGGAAGUAUGGCCCUCCCACAAAUACCGACAAGCUUACACAGCCAGCCUGUUUGUAUUGCAGUUUCUGCUACCGCUGACUAUAAUCGCGGUCGCGUAUGUGCGCAUUGGCCUCGAUCUGGUUCGCCAAGCAAGGCGACAGGUUCCAAAUCAUCAAGCAAACCACGAUAGAAGAAAAGAGAACAUGCAAGUAAUAAAAACUUUAGCGGCUAUUGUCAUUUUAUUCGCUAUUUGCAUGCUACCGGCGCAGCUUGCUUGGCUUUUCUUAGACUUUGCUCCAGAAAAUCACGAGUUAAUAAAAUCUCUUUUCUUGUUUUCUCCUUCGCUACUUUACUUUCACAGCUGUUUGAACCCGAUUGCUUAUGGCACACUCACUAGACAUUUCCGACGCGGCUACAUCAGGUUUUUUCAGUAUUUAUUCUGUUGCCGGUUUAUACGAUUUUUCAGACGACAUCGAGAGACUGGGCGCCUGGAUUUCAGCCGGCUAUGUGUGGACUGGGGAGAGAGAAAGACAAGGAUGGAAAGUGAAAUUGAACCAACAACCCUCGGAAAUAACAACACCGAGUUUGUAACCUUGCUUGAUGAAACGGUACCGAAUAGUUCAUCUCAAAAGAUUCCGCCAUUAGAAAAAGAAACCGUACUUUAA